UAAUGAAGGUAACUAAAUAUGCUUUGCUUAGUUCAACAUUUCCUACCCUUUGACAGGCGCUUAAAAAACAGUCGAAAUCGAUGAUGACAAGAAAUGGUAAUAAAAUAUUGGUGAUUAUGUAGCUCCAUAUUCUUCGAUAAGAGAAUGGGACAAGUUGUCGAAGCUGAUAACCUAGGUGAUGAAUACAAAGGUUAUGUAUUCAAGAUUACUGGUGGUAACGAUAAACAAGGUUUCCCAAUGAGACAAGGUGUCCUAUUCAAGGGAAGAGUGAGAAUCCUUAUGAGAAAAGGACAUAAGGGUUAUAGACCAAGAAAGGAUGGAGAGAUGAAACGCAAAUCAAUUAGAGGAUGCAUUGUAGGUCAAGACAUCAGAGUCCUAGCCUUAUAAGUAGUAAAAAAGGGUGCCAAUGAAAUUGCUGGACUUACAGAUUAAAAUGUUCCAAGAAGAUUAGGUCCAAAGAGAUUAACUAAAUUGAGAAGAUUAUUUGGAUUCAAGAAGACUGAUGGUGUUGCUAUAGUUUAAAAGAAUCUCAUUAGAAGAACAUGGACUACAAAAGAUGGAAAGAAGAGAUAAAAGGCACCAAAAAUCUAAAGACUCGUCACUGAAUCAAGAUUGAGAAGAAAGACCAUCUAAAAGAAGACAGAAUAAGCUAGAAGAACCAAAGCCAAAUAAGCUUUAGAAGCAUAUAAAAAAUUGGCUCAUGAUGUCCAUGAAGCUCACAAGAAGCACAGAAAAGCUUCAUCUGAAAUCAAGGAGAAAGCUAAAGAACAACCAAAAGUAUUAAAAUUAAGCUUAAUUAUUAGGCCAAAGAUACAAAAUAAGCUAAAUCAACUUAAGCAGCUAAACCAGCAACAUAAGCUAAGGGUGCUGUUCCAGCCAAAGCAGCUGUUCCUGUUAAAGCAGCAGCUCCAGUUAAGACAACUGCACCAGCCAAGACUGUACCAUAACCAACUCAAAAAGCUCCAACCAAAGCCAAGAAAUGAA